GCCCUCUGCCGCAGCCUCUCUCUCGCUCUCUCUCUCUCUCUCUCUCUCGCUGCAGAUACAAACAAACGAUCACCGGAACACACAGAACCGGCAUCGGACCGGGACCGAAGAAACCAUGACAGAAACGAGCAAAACCCACGUGAUCCUGUUGUCCUGCGGCAGCUUCAACCCCGUGACCAAAGGACACGUUCAUAUGUUCGAAAAGGCCAGAGAUUAUCUUCACAGAAGUGGACGCUUCAUCGUGAUUGGAGGGAUCAUCUCACCUGUGCACGACUCCUACGGCAAACCUGGCCUGGUGUCCAGUCGUCACCGUCUGACCAUGUGUCAGUUGGCCGUCCAGGCAUCCGAUUGGAUCAGGGUUGAUCCCUGGGAGUGUUACCAGGACACGUGGCAGACGACCUGCAGUGUGCUGGAGCAUCACCGUGACCUCAUGAAGAGAGUCACCGGCUGUAUUCUGUCCAACGUCAACACACCGUCCAGCACUCCUGUGAUUGGUCAGCCACAGAACCAGACUCCACCCAUCUACCACAACCAAAACAGCGUGAAUCACAAACCGACUGCCAUCAAAGUUUGGGGGAAACUCAGUGAGAGUUUGGGAAAAAUGUGCUGUGUUCGUCCGAACAUCGACCGUUUCACAUUCAUCGAUGAAAACGCUAACCUGGGCCCUGCCAUGAGGUACGAGGAGAUCGAGUUGCGUAUCUUACUCCUGUGUGGCAGUGACCUCCUGGACUCCUUCUGCAUCCCUGGUCUGUGGAAGGACAGUGAUAUGGAGGUCAUCGUCGGGGACUUUGGGAUCGUCGUUGUUCCUCGAGACGGAAACGAUACGGAAAAAAUCAUCAACCAAUCAUCUGUUCUCCGCAGAUACAAGGACAACAUCAUUGUGGUGAAGGACGUCACAUAUCAUCCUCUGUCCAUUGUCAGCUCCACUAAGAGCAGACUGGCCCUGCAGCACGGUGACGGCCAUGUUGUGGAUUAUCUGAGUCAAUCUGUGAUCGAUUAUAUUCUCCAGACUCAACUGUACAUCACUGCAUCAGGAUAAACCCUGUGUGUGUGUGUGUGCGUGAGAGUGUGUGAGCGAGAGAGUGUGUGAGUGUGUGUGUGAGAGAGUGUGUGUGAGAGUGUGUGAGUGACAGGUCAUCAUUGGUUGAGGCUGAUCACAAAUAUAAAAAGGGGCGGGGCUUAGAGUGGCCUGUUAUUAUUGUGCUCCUGAUGAAAGUCUGAACUCUACCACCAGGGGGGUAUUCCAUCAACGUAGCUAAGAAUUGCCAGACUUAGGUGUAAGCUUGAAGCUUGACUAAGCUCCACUUCCCAAUCUAGCUCCAAGUCGUUCCAUCAAGUGAAAUCAGCUGGCUCCACCUGACGCUUAGUCAAGCCUCACCUGUUAAGCCUCAACUUGUGCACGCCCACAGGGAAAAUAAAAAGCCCAUUCUAGUCGAGCGCGAAAAAUGCCGAAAAGCAAGGGAAAAGGAUGUGCAGAGAUGUUCUCCGCAGUGGAGCAAACCCUCCUCAUGGAGGUAUAUGAGGAUUACAGCCACAUAAUCUGAAAGAAGGGCAAUACCGCGGCAAUCGAGGGAUGUGGCGGGGCAGAAUAUUGCCGACAGGCUGAAUGCGUAAGUGACAAAGAAAAUGAAGUAUUUCAGCAUCAUCAUGUUAUAUAAAUUCUCCAUCAAAGGGACAAAAUAUAUGGAGACAAUAAUCUACCAAUUGAUUUCUUGAUGGUUUUUGUUUUAAACUAAUCAAUUAUGUGGACCUAUUAAUGCAACCAAAUCCCUAAAAUUUAAAGGAAAAUCCCCAAAGAAUAAAAAGACAGCCCUAAUAAGUAACAUUCAUAUGAACAUAAUUAAAAUAGCAUUAUUGUUUCACUGCAAUGUAUGUGAAAUUCUCCAUAUUUUAUCAUUUGGCAGCCCUAGUAGUAAUGUUAGAAAGUGAUAUUCAUCACAUUUAUCAACUAAAUGUUAUGCAAAUCGAUGGGAUAGCUUUCAUUUAUUUCCUGCAUGGCCAAUUGUAUAGAAUUGAUAUCAUUUUCAUUUAAGCCUGUCAUUUUUACAUGCUGUAUUUGUGCUACUUCUGUAUUUUGUCCCAGAUGCUAUAUGUUGAAUUGUUGUAUUUUUAUUUUAUUUUAUGUAAAGCACUUUGAAUCACCUUGUGCUAAAAUGUGCUAUAUAAAGUAGCCUUGCCUACAUUUUUGAUAAUAAUAGGCUACAUUUAAUCAAAGUAUUUUACAUGACUCAUCACAUUUAUCAUACAAUUGAUGGUAGAUUAUUACAUGAAGAAAUGCAAUGAUGGUUAUCAUUCUAUAGGAAAUAAUCAUAUGACAGAUAUAUUGAUUAUUUGUCUAGAAUCAUUUUAGCAAAUCAAGCAAUUCAAUGGAGAUGAGGACCCCUAUUACAGUAAGUGAAUGCAGGUGACAGCAAAUCAAUCAUCUAUCUCCUAUCAAUCGGAGGCCCUAACCCUUGUUACAUCAAAAGAAUGAUGAUCUCUUUAAAUUUCCUUUUAUUAUAUUUUUUUGCUAAUUAGUUUAAUUUUGUAUUUAUGUGUGUCUUAUUCUUUAUUAUAUUUUAUUUUGGUAAUAAUGUUCUUUCAUGUACUUGUAGAUAAUAUAUAAUUAUUAGUAUAAAUCAUUUCUUUAAUACAUUCUAUUAUAUAUUUUAUGUUUUACAUAUUAUUUUAUCAUUCCAUGACAGUUGUGUGUCUCUGUUUCUGUCUAUUGGACAUUCUUUGGACAUAGAUGGUGCUAAGCUUCACUUUUAGCCUGCUACAGACCAGGUUUGCCCGGCAGCAUAAGUUACCAUGGUUACUUGGCUGGCAUUCACAUUAGCCACCUUGGUGGAACAGGGUUGAGGCUCAGAUUGAUGGAACGGAAACCUGAGCCACAGUUAUGGCUUAGCCAUGGUUGAGGCUUAGCCAGAGUCAUAGUUUCCAUGGUUACUGAGUUGGGGCUAAUCUCAGCCUCUUUGAUGAAACCGCACUCUCACUCAUAUUAACCAGACUUGGCCAUUUAAGCUUGGCUUUGCCUUUAGCCUGCUUGAUGGAAUACCCCCCAGGAGGCGCAUCUGUGAUUGUUGAACUUUUUCUAUUUAACACAUAUUUAUUUUCUGUUGUUGUUGUUUUCCUCUGCAUGUUCUCUGUUUGUUUCUGGCAUGAAAAUAAUGACUCAGUUAAUCAGUGAAAUAACAAUGUGUUGUAAUGUGUUUGCAAAAAACAAAAUAAAAGCAUAGAUAAAUAAA